CUCUCACAACCACUCAUCAACAACCUCAACACAGUUGCCAUUUCAGACCAGUAGCGCUGACCUUGGGGACCGGAAUCAAAAUUUACGCGUUACUUCAUAUUUUAUUUCUCAACAACUUCAAGCGCUUGUCUCCCUGUCAGAAUCAUGUCCUGGUACAAGGUGCUGCUUGAUGCGGCGUCGGCAAUGAAUGAGAAGCCAGACUCAAUUGGAGAUGCGAUCCAGGCUUUAUCACAGGAGGUCCCGGAUUCGAUAACACUUGAUGAGCUGCUCACGGGGGUGAGUGAGACUGUUGCCUCAUCUGACAAGACGAGGCCCGAGAACACAGAAAGGGUGCAAAAGGCCUUGGUGGUUGCACUCACAUGUCUGCAACAGCCAGACAGGAUACAAGAGAAAGCAAGCGACCAGGCCACUGCACAGGAGCUAGCGAGAGUAAUAUCAACAGCAAUUGCGCCUGUUGUGCCUGUUCUCAACGACGACAAUGGCUUACCAGCAUCCUUCAAUGAUGCUCUCUCCAACAACAGCAAAGCCCUCAAUACCCACUGCAAAGCCACCUCCACGAUAGGUCUCCAAUGCCUAGAAGCCAUCGACAAUGUUUUCAAUCCACCCACCCUGGACGACGACACCCUCCUCACUCUCAUUGCCUACUCUCACCCCGACCAAAACUGGUCUGAUGAUCCCACCAAAAUUGCCAAGAUAGCCGCCGCCAUUCUCAAGACUUACCCCUUCCCCAAUAAAACCGACUUCAUCACCUCUACAAUCCUCCAGUCGUAUCUCCGGCCUCUUUUCUCAAAGUCUAAACCGUCUACUAUUACCUCUUCAGGCCGCAAAGCAGAAUACCAAACCGACAACUCCCGAGAUGGCAUCCCCGACGACACCGCUGCAACUAAACCAUGGAAGUUUACUGACCUUCGCUCCAUUCCGGUGUUCUCAUGGGCAGUGACAGAAGCUAAUAACGCCUUGAUAAGCACCCACUGGCCCUCCUAUAUCCCCGUCCUCCUAACCCUCGCUGACGACUCCACCACCCCCAUCCGCCAAACCGGCCUCAAUAUCCUAUCCAACUUCCUCACCAAGAUCCCCGCCAAAACCCUGCAGGACACCGGUCUAGGCCAAGUCUUUGCCGAUGCUGUAUUCCCAACACUGUCUUACCUUCCUUCUUUAACACCCGAGGAUGAAUCCCUUCAGCUCUUGGAACCAGCCUACAAAGCUUUGCUAGUUUUGGCAGAGAAGCAGUCCGCCACAGGAGGCAAAGACGGGAGCGGUAGUAGUCCCAGGCACAAGCUACUCGACCACCUGAUCCGCGAGGGCAUCUUCACAGGGUACUUUCACGCCAAAAACCAUGUCAGGAUUGUCGAGCUGCUCUGUCGAGAGACGGUGGAGAUUGUAGACGCGAUGGGGGUUCAUGCUGUUAAACAUCUCAAGGAUAUGAUUCCCAUGAUCUCCGCCAUCCUCACCGACCCAUUCGCUUCCGCCGCACCGCGGACUCUCCUCUCCGCUGUCAAAGCACUCCAGGCGGUUCUGAGGAACUGCUGGCCUAGGCUUAUAACUGGGUCGGUUUGGCAGGAUGAGAUUAUUAACGCGCUUGUGAUGUGCUGGCUGAAUCUUGAUGAGCCGACUAACAACAUCAGUGACAACAGCCUGGAAGAGGUUAGAAAGGAACUGGUUACUUCUUUCCAGGCUUUGUCUGCUAUUUCAAGGACAGAGGGGACAGACCUCUCUGCGAGGGUUGAGCCAUUGGUGGCGAAGGCUGGGUCUUUGGCUGGGUUGUUUUUGGGUCUGGUUGAUGAUGAUAUGGGGUGUUGAGUGUACAAUGAAUAAGGCACCUGCCAGUAUCAUGAGCAAUACGGAUGAUAUACUAUUCUCGGAUAUGAAAGGGUCCCAGCACUGCAAGUCAGCCAAACGUGUAGUAAUCGUUA